AUGCUCUUUCAUCCGUUUCAUAUUCGUCUUCUGAUGGGCCGGCACGACUACUGGCUGCUUGCGUGGACGUUACUCCUGUCGCUUUGCAGCGAGCGGUGUGUUACGGGGGAUCUGGCGAUCUACACCUACUCCGGUAAUUCCACAGGUAGCCCCGACGCUGUCAGCGAUGGGCAUCGGCUGACCUACGUAAAGUUGGGGGUUGCCGUAGGCAUGUUCAGCAUCACCGCAGCAGCCUGCGCCUUGCCCCUCCUUGUGAUGAUGUGUAUCGCGCGGCGGAUGCACUCGCGCACUUCUUCCGUCACCAUCAGCUCCAACGGUCCCCACUCUGGUGACACCGUUGCCAACCGUGCCUCGCGAAUGAACGGUCGAGAGGCAUCAUCGCCCACCUUCCUGCUGGAUCCGCAAAGCACUGAGUCGGAGGAGUUGCUGCUGACUCGUAGCCCCGACUCCCAGGCGCCGGAGCCGCCACAGACGUCCAAUCUCGGUGCUCCUUUCUACGAAGUGGAGCCCCAGGAGGACAAUCCUAUCUUGCGCGAAGACCACCGUCUCCACUGGGGCGAUGGCGCUAUGGAGCACGGCGCAGCGGACGAUGGUGUGGUCGAGGUCUUUAACAGCUCCGCGAUAGCUAACGGAGGGAUUCCGCCUUCGAUGGCCAUUAAUAGAACUCGUCGGCGCAGCUCUUACAAGCGAAUGUGUGUAAUUCGCAAGUGGGGAAGUCGUAUCAACUGCUUUGCUGCGGGCAUCUUCCUCUCCACUGGUCUUAUGGAUCUCUUCCCCGAAGUGCAAGAUGCGAUGGCAGUGGCUCUGAGCGCGCUCAAAAUCAAUUCCCAAUACCCCUUCCCGGCUCUCUUCACUCUCCUGGGUUUCUUUAUGGUGCUAUCUAUAGAGCAAUGUGUCCAUAUCUGUCACAACCGACGUCGCUGUCAUCCACCCUACUAUCGACGCUCCAAUGCGACAUCGGCGAUAGGCACGCACCAGCACCACAACCACUCGCACGACCCCCAAAUUAUCCCCGGAUCGGACGGUGAAGAGGGUGCCCCUUCAACCUUCCGCAUUAUGCUCCUCCUUAUUGCCCUCUCCGUUCACUCCAUUUUCGAAGGGCUGGCGGUGGGUCUGCAGCGAAGCGUUGCCGAGGUGAUAACCCUCUUCUCGGCCCUCAUCCUGCACAAAAUCAUCAUGGCCAUCAGCACUGGUGUCUCAUUGGCCACUGCGCACAAAGAGCGAGGGGGUGGGAUCGCGCGCUCUCAGUGGAUGGGUGCGCUUUUCUUCGCUCUCGCCUCGCCCAUUGGUGUGCUCAUUGGAUGGGCGUUGAUCGCGCAGCGUUCCUCACCCGCUCUCCUCAUGGUUGUUGCGGUGCUUCAGGGCCUCGCAUGCGGCACUUUCUUCUUUGUAGUCUUCUGUGAAAUGUUGCCUCACGAGUUUAGUGAGUCCGAGUCGGACACGCCGGAUAGGUUGGGCAAGAUCUUCUCCCUGGUACUCGGUUUUGCACUCACCGCUACCUAUAUUGCGUUUGAAGCGGAGUGA